GGGGGAUGAAAAGGGACAAAAUGUAAGGACACAAGACAGAAGAGUGUUAAAAGCGGACUGGAAAGAGGGUGUGGGUGACAGAAAAUGGAGCAAAAGGGAAAAGGACUGGAGAGGGAAAUGAGGGACAGAAAUGGAAGGGACAGAGGCGGCAGGAACUGGAGGAAAGAGGUGACAGGAAUGGGAGAAACCCUGGAGAAAAGAGAUAAGGAGGGAGGAAAUGGUGAAACGUGACAGAAAAUGUGGGACUGAGGGUAGGAAAAGGGGAACUAAGAAGACGACAAAGGCGACAGGAGGGGACAAACCAGUGCAAACCAGGGGACAAACCAUCAUCCCCUGUGUCCCCUCCAUGUACCCCUCUGUCCCCACCAUGUCCCUGCAGGCUGCAGUGAUGGACCUGGACCCACGCAGUAAGGGGCUCUACAGCCAAGACCCCCCAAGACCGCCAUGUGUCCCAGUGUCCCCCCGCCCCAGGGACAAGGCAGUCUCGGGUGUCCUCAAGAGGGGCAAUGUCCCUGUGUCCUGCCCAGUUCCCCCCUCAGGUCCUCCUGGGGGGAUCCCACAGCUGGAGGUGCUGCUGAAGCAGAUGCACAGCCUGCAGAAAGUCCGUGAGGCCACGGCACAGGAGCUGGUGAAGGCACAAGACUGCAGUGAGGGGUUGCGGCAGCACCUGGAGCAGCUGGAGCAGCGCAAGGAGGCACUGGAGAGGUCCUGGCAGCAGGUGCAGGAGUCACUGCAGAGAGCACAGCUGCAAGGGAAGGAGGUGGAGGCCAAAGGUCAGAGGCGCUGUGGGCUCUGCCUGGAGCAGCAGCAGGACAUGGAAGGGACAAAGCAGCACUGGAAGCAGCUGAAAGACCUGCGCCGGGGACACAGGUGGCAGCACUGCCAGCAGCUCGAGUCCAUCAUGGAGGAGCUCAAGCACCUGCGUGUCACACACGCUCCGGCCCACCUGGAGGCUGAACUGGUGCAGCUGGAGAAGAUGGAGGAGAAGUGGCUGAACUGGGAGCGCCGCGUGAUGGACACCGAGGAGCAGCUGGGCCCACAGGCACCUGUGCUCAGGCGAUUGGUGCAGCAGGACCAGGAGGGGGCGCUGCGACAGCUGGAGGUGGAGCUGGGCCGGCAGCGGCUGAGCCGGCGGCGCCGGGACAGGUUGGCCGAGGAGCUGCAGCAGCUGCAGCGCCCCCUCGAGGCUCAGCCAGAGUGAUGGGGACAAGAUGGACACACCCCAUGGGACACCUGUGCCACCUGUGCGACACCUCUGCGUGCCACCUGCACCCCACCCGUGCCUGCCGUGUUCUCAUGUCCCCCAUUGUCCCCCUCAGGUCCCCAAAGCUCCCCCAUGUCCCCCAGUCCCCUCAAGUUCCCCCCAUCCUCCCCAUAUUCCCCAAUUGUCCCUCACGUCCCCAUUUUCCCCCAUGUCCCUAUGUGCCCCACGAUGUCCCCUCAUGUCCCCGAUGUCCCCCAUGUCCCCAGU